CUCGCUUGCACGGCGGGCUCGAGCGUAGCGUUUGUCACACAGCGUGGCGUGCAGAUACGUGGAACAUUGCGAGCCUAUCUCGACGUCGCUUCCCGCGGCGGAAGUCGAUGCAUUUGACACUGCAGCGAGCAGUAUCUAGUCUUCAACCGCCAUCCAAGAGGAAAAGCGGCUAGUUAAAGCAGUCAGCUCGCAGCUACUCACCUGAUAAGAAUCCACAUCUACCGCUUUUCCGCAUCGAAAUAUGAUUGAGUGGUCCAUCGCAUUCAGGUACGAAGCCAAAGUCCACACAGUGGACUGCUCGAGCGCGGGUGGUGCAGCUUAUCAACGCCAUUGGCUCGCGUGACGAGCACCGCUACCAAAGAGCGGUGUAGAGUCAUCUCGCUGCUGCAGCUUAAUGCGAUGGUCGACUUGGUCCGCGUGGAUCUCCGUCGCCUGCUGCGUAGAGCUCAGCACGACAAUCGCGAUGUCGUGCGUCGACUUUCCCAAACCUAGCAUGGCGAUCAAGAUGCAAGCGUUCGGUGCCGUCGCGCGGCCAUCCCGGCCGGCCUCUUCCACGCGACCAUGUCUCGGUACUAAGGCUGUUUCAGCCCGCACAACAACGAUUGGUGGUCACUGUACAAGCGCUGGGCCAUCACAUGACACUAUGCACAAAUCAAACAGACUCUUGGAUAUGGGAUAUUCACUUGCGAGGCGGACAUGGCAAGGUGAGAACAUUGAUGCUGCGGUGCGGAUGUCUCCGCUGAAAGCGCGAGCCACACCCGCCGUCUCCACAGCAAAGGGAUUAAUGCGCAAGGUCUCGGCUUCGUUCACUGGACGACUUCAGACGAACAUCCAGCCGGCAAGACAUGUCUCUACCAGGUUUACCACAGCCCAGCCACAAGAAGGUCGCCUUUUCAGACCACCACUGUCACCAACAGCUCAAAAAGUUCCACUCGCGGAGACAAGAAGCUAUCAGCAGCCGAUAGGUGUCCGGCUUUCCCAAUCCCACAAAGCUGCAUGCAAGCUGCUAGGCAGCCUGCCAGUCGGACGUGCAGCUACACUAGCCACUCGUUGCGUUAGCAGUCAGCCGUGCCCGUCCGGUUCUUUUCGCGAUGAUGGUGUGGGAGGAAAUUGUCAAGCAAGUAUAAUCCCUUCUCAUCCCCAGCUUUUGGGCUCUUUGGUGUGGUGGCGAUCAUCUUAGCCCCCUCGUCCAUUGCUGCCCUAUCGUCCGUAUACAAUAGCCUUAUCACCACUUCGUAUUGUUCUCGGCUCACAAGCACUCAUUUACAUCAACUGGAGCUCUGCUGGCCACAGUGCGUGCCAAAGAGCUCCUGCGCAGUACCUAUUUCACUGUAUCUGCCCGCCUUGCAUGACCGGUGAAGCGAACCAACGGAGCCUAGUGGCCUGCGCAAACAGUCAUCCCGUUAUGUUCCUUUGA